AUGGACGAUAUAGACUGGUCCAACAAUGAUGAUGUACAAUCAGCUAAGUCUUUUUUUGAUAGAUAUGUUACAACAUGGAAUCCUCGCAGCCAACUUGCCCGAGAGAAUAGACUGCACACUGCUUCACUAUUUGAUCCAUGCAUGUCUGAUACAAACCAAAUUCUAUCUGCUGACCCUUUCUCUGAUUAUGAAGAACUCAUCAGUGUUGUUCAGCGGCAUACAAAAUGCUUUGUUCAUACCUGCUUGAAAAAAAAAGGCCCUGCCCUCCAUUGUCGAUACAAAGCACCUUGGCCUGAGCAACAUUCUUCAACGCUGAUAAGUGAUGCUAACCGCAAGCCAUGUUAUCAACCAGCCAGAAAUGAUAGCCGUUUAAAUAUUCACAACCCCCUUAUGCUGGCAAUAUGGCGUGCAAAUGUUGAUUGCCAGCCUGUUUGUUCCAAAAUGGCUGUUCAGCAAUAUAUCUCCAAACAUGCUUCGAAAACAGAACAGAAAUCAGAAAGCUAUGUUGACAUGCUCAAGAAAAUAGUCGCUACAACUAAUACUCAAGAUACCAUCUUGCUAGCGUACCAAAAAUUCAUGAUGAGUAUAGUUGCUGAUCGAGAUAUCAGCGCACAAGAAACUUGCCAUAUGUUGCAAAAGCUACCAUUGAUCAAUUGUUCCCGUCAUUUUGUCUCCCUUAAUGUUAGCAGGAAGGUCCUCCACCGUAUUACUAAUCAAAAUGACACUGCUGAGCUUUACAAAUCUUAUAUUUCUGCUUAUAUGGAAAGGCCUAUUGAAUUGGGAAAAGUCUCACUGCUACAAUCAGCGCAACAAUUUUCAUACAAUGGCCAACGUAAGAAGCAUAAAUGGCAAAGACUACAAAAACAAGCAAUUGUCAAUGUUUAUCCACAAUUUAAAAGCUCUCCAAAUGAGGAUGAUGACAACUUUGAAGCCUAUUGUUGGAGUGAGUUGCUAUUGUACAAACCCUUUCGUCAUAUUCCUAUAGAUAUAGGUGCAUCAACAGACCAAAUCAUUGCAAAUUGGAAGCUAUUGUACAUGGAUGGUUACUCACGUUGGCAUAUUUAUGGAGUAGAACAAGAAUGCACAAUAGAGAAUGAUGAAGACUUUGAUACUAAUGAUUUUCAAAAUUCACACAAUGAAGACCAGUAUGAAUGGGAGUACCUUUCACAAAUGGGCGCUUCUAACAACAUCACCAUCAAUGAUCUCCAAAUGUUAGGCAAACGAGAUUACGAUAUUAACUUUGAUUGGGCUGAACCCCAUCCCACUAAUCCACUCCAUCUUACUGCUGUUCACUUCAUCUCCACAAAUAAAAUAAAUUGUUAG